CAGCCGCGAGGCUGUUUUUUUUAAUCUCUGCGUCUGGCGCCAUUUUGUCUUUCGUCGGACUCUGAGGAGAAACAGUGUCGUGUUGCCGUCAGGCCCCAUCUCAACCGCCACCAUAUUCGCCAUGUCGAGAGACCGUUUUCGUAGCCGUGGAGGCGGCUUCCACCGGCGCGGCGGUGGCGGAGGCCGCGGCGGGCUCCCCGGCAACCACGACUUCCGUUCGCCGCCGCCGGGCAUGGGGGGAGGCAUGGGGCAAUCGCGCGGCGCUCACCAUCAUAUGGGCGCCGGCGGCCCCCCGAAGCCGGAGCCUGCUAAGCCGCCGAGCUCGACCUCCACUCCGCCUUCCACCACGGCCUCCGUUUCCUCCAGCCCUGCAGGCUCGUCGCCUUCUUUGGGGCCGAACCAGAAUCAGAUCGGCGCCACGCCUGCGACCUCAUCUUCCUCCUCUUCCAUCGCCACACCAAGUUCGGCCUCGACACCCGCCGCUCCCUCAGGGCUCCAGAGCGGCGGCCGAGGGGGGGAGACGCAGCCGCCGCAGCAGAGUAACGCACCGCCGAACCAAAGCCCCGGGCAGGGCGGUUCCAAAAAGGGAUCCGGGCCAUCUCCCGGAGGUGGAGGAGGACCCAUAGGUGGCAUGAAAGGAGGCCCGGGAGGGUCCCAGCCAGGAGGCGGCCCCAAGAGCGGCGGUGGGCCUGGACAACAACACCGCGGCGGCGAAAGGCGCGGAGGGCAGAGCCAACACCAGCAUUCGUCUCAGCAGCACCAGCACCCCCCUUCGUCGCAGCAGCAGGGCGCGGGGGAUGAAAAGGUCUCCGACACUGAGGGUUUUAAAGCAAAUCUGUCACUUUUGAGACGCCCUGGAGAAAAAACAUAUACUCAGCGCUGCCGUCUGUUUGUUGGGAAUUUGCCUGCUGAUAUCACCGAAGAUGAAUUUAAGAGAUUAUUCUCCAAAUACGGUGAACCAGGGGAAGUCUUUAUUAACAAGGGAAAAGGUUUUGGCUUUAUUAAACUGGAAUCUCGAGCUUUGGCUGAAAUUGCAAAAGCAGAACUUGAUGAUAUUCCUAUGAGAGGAAGGCAGCUUCGCGUGCGUUUUGCCACCCAUGCUGCUGCUCUUUCUAUACGUAAUCUCUCCCCAUACGUAUCAAAUGAAUUACUGGAAGAAGCUUUUUCUCAGUUUGGUCCAAUUGAAAGAGCUAUUGUGAUAGUAGAUGAUCGUGGCAGAUCCUCAGGAAAGGGCAUUGUGGAAUUCGCAUCUAAGCCUGCAGCACGAAAAGCAUUUGAACGUUGUACUGAAGGGGUCUUUCUUCUGACAACCACUCCUAGGCCAGUUAUUGUGGAGCCUCUUGAACAGCUAGAUGACGAAGAUGGUCUUCCAGAAAAGCUGGCUCAGAAAAAUCCAAUGUAUCAAAAGGAAAGAGAAACUCCACCACGAUUUGCACAACCUGGGAGUUUUGAAUAUGAAUAUUCUCAACGGUGGAAAUCGUUGGAUGAAAUGGAGAAACAGCAGAGAGAUCAAGUAGAGAAAAAUAUGAAAGAUGCCAAGGACAAACUGGAAAGCGAGAUGGAGGAUGCUUACCAUGAGCAUCAGGCAAACCUUUUACGCCAAGAUCUCAUGCGGCGACAAGAGGAAUUGAGACGCAUGGAGGAACUUCACAAUCAAGAGAUGCAGAAACGAAAAGAAAUACAAUUGAGGCAAGAAGAAGAGCGACGUAGGCGGGAAGAAGAGAUGAUGAUCCGUCAGCGUGAGAUGGAAGAACAAAUGAGAAGACAGAGAGAAGAAAGCUACACUCGAAUGGGUUACAUGGAUCCUAGAGAAAGAGACAUGAGAAUGGGCGGUACCAGUGCAAUGAACAUGGGAGAUCCCUAUGGUACAACUGCUCAGAAAUUCCCACCAUUAGCAGGUGGCACUGGCCUUGGCUAUGAGACCAAUCCCGGAGUUGGACAAACAUCUAUGAGUGGCACUAUGAUGGGAAGCGAUAUGCGCCCUGAGCGAUUUGGACAGGGAGGUGCGGGGCCUGUAGGUGGCCAGGGCCCUAGAGGAAUGGGGCCUGGAACUCCUGCAGCUUAUGGGAGAGGGAGAGAAGAAUAUGAAGGCCCAAACAAAAAGCCCAGAUUUUAGAUGUGACUUGUAGAUUUUUCAUUCCAGUUUGUUUUACUUGUCUUGUUUAGACACUACUUUUUUUUUUUAUUCUUGCAUUUUAGUAAGAAAGCUACGUUUUUAUGGAUGUUAGAAACUUAAAAUGACUUAGAAUUUGUAAGUGGUCUGGGCAGAAACAAGUCUAAUUAUGUAACGCAGUGUUCUAAACUUAGCUUUUUUGAUGUAUAACAUCCCUACCUUGAUGGCAAUGUACUGUGUGCCAUAUGAAAUCCCAAGUGUAAACUUUUUUUACUGUGCUUAAAAUAAAUAGUCUAAACGUAGCAAGAUUCUUUUAUCAUAAACGUCUAAGCAUAGAAGGCAAUUAACACGUACAAAAGGCAAUGCAUUUCUUGAAAUGAAAUCUGGAGUGUUGCACAAUACAUAUGGCUGGUCUUAAACUAUCAAGUCUUAAAAUACCAGUGCAAUUUUAAAAUCUACUUGAACUUUGAUAUUUAAUAUUACAAUGAAGUCUUACCCUUAGAAAAAGCUUUGAGAAUUCUGAAGAACUUUGACUAUAAUUAUUCAGGUAUACAUAAUUUGAACUUUUAACUUACACGGAGGAAACAAUCUGGGUUUUGGUGAAAUAGAUCUUUAACUUAAUAAAUGAUGUAGUUCAGUUUUGAACGAGGUGGGAAGGAAAUGGGGUAAGGGCAUGUAAUCUAAUAGUAUUGGCUAUUGUCUCCAAAGGGCAUUUCCAAGCCAGCUGUUAUAAGUCAUAGCCUGACUUUCUGUGUUACUCAGCAUCUCAUUCAUCCAAAUAUGAGAUCUGGUUGAUCUAUUUCACUUCUAAUACUUUUCUUAAUUGAGCUUUUUAGUGCCCACUGGACAUUUUAUCUUAACAGAAUCCUUGAUGAGUGAAUAUAUCUAUUGAAGUUGCAAUUUAAAUAUUGGAAGGAAUCUUUUUUUUCUUGAUUUAACAAGCAUAAUCUUGAUCCAAAAGUUUUGAGCAUUGGUGGGCAUUGGUGUAUUAUUUUAAUUUCAAUACUCCACUUAAAUGCAGAAAUGAAAUAUCCUUUGACGUUUCAGGAUUAAAGUAGUAAUUUAUUAGAUUAAAGCCUGACAUACAGAAAUCUAAAUACCAUUAAAUUUGAAAGUUUUUCCCCCCUUGGGCUACAUAGUAUCAACUUGUGCUGUUGACUUGGUAGAGUUGAAUCAUUUUAUAUUUAUUAAAAUGCUGUAAGAAGUUAAGCUGUCUUGGACUCUAUACCCCUUGUACCUAAAAUACUGGGUGCAGAGUUUCCUGGUACAGAAAGGGUACAAUGGCUUGGUAAAAUGAAGAUGAACCAGAUCAGAGAACAUUCUGUGAUUAAUCCUGUUGGUUUUUUAUUCAACUUGGGGUGCUUUAAAUCUUUUAAAUAAGGGUGGGGAACUCCCUCCCCCCCCCACGGGGAGCCAUUUUAUAUCUGUUUAAAACAGUUAUUCUGGGUAAUGUUGCAUUUACUCUACCUUUUUUCCCAGAAGGUUGUUGUGAGAGGGGCAUAAAACCUUUGGCAAGUCAGUACUGAUUACUUGCAGGCAUCCUGUUUUGGCUGGUUUUUUUCCUUUCAACUGUUGACACUUUCUCUGUGCUACUCCCUCCAGUAGCUUGGGAUAACCAGAAUGCCAUAUGUGGUCCCCCAUCCCUACUUUAAAUGUGCUAAAGAUGAGGAAGAAUCAGUUACCUGUAAGCCGCUUAAAACUGCAGCAUAUGAAACUUCACUGCCAUCAGUUAUUACGUAUUUUCAUUCUGCAAAAUGGAUUGACUCAAAGGCUUGUGCUGAGCAAGCCUUUUGAAAACCCAAGAAAUGAUAAACAUCCGAUAUUCAAGGUUGCUGGACUGCCUCAUUUAGUUUUGUGGUUGAAUUGAGCUAUAUUCCCAGAAGCUUCAAGAAGUUACCAUCAAAGGGGGAAGAACACCCACAGUUCUUGCAUUGACUUCUGAUGUAGAGAAACCCUUGUGAAACAAAUGUGGAUGUUAACUGUAUUCUGGGCUGCGUACAGCUCAGUUCUGCUUUUCUCAAGGAGGUGUUCAUGGACACCCACUGUAGAAAACACCAAGACUGACAGUGAUGGGAAAAUGGAAAUGGAAACUAAUUUUCAGUUUAUUUUUCAGAUUACAUGCCAUUUUUCCUUAGGAUGCUGGCACAUAUCCUAAACCAUGUUCUUUUGUAGUACUGUAAUCUUGGAAGAGUGAAGGAAGCUGAUGGUCCCAUUUCCUUCCUAAGGUUCAUCUCUUGUUUUCAUUUUGUCUAAACUAGGCUGAUAUUCAAACGGGAAGGAAAUGUUGGGCUAAUCUAGGUUUUUAACACUACUUGACUACUGUUGCCAAAUGUCCUUAUAUAAAGCCCAGUAGUCUGACUUCAAAGGAUAACAGACAGGCUGAUCCCUCAGUAGCAAACCAAUUGUUGGGGAGUUUUCAUUGAAUUGAAUGUUCCACCUUUUUAGCUUUUUCUAAAUGGAUUUAAAUAUUUAGACUUAACAGAUGAUGCCUUUUGAGCAGAAGCAUAACUCUAUUCUACUUCUGCAUGCCAUUAAGCCUUUAGGUCAUGCAUAAGUUACCCCAAUUCCAGAGUCUACCCAUGUUUAACAAUCAUAGCAUGCUAUAACCACAUCCUUGUUAGUUGUAAUAAAUGAAUUUCUGUUUCUGUGCGUAUUUUGUGGUAUAUUUGUUUUUAAAAAGUUCUUGGCAUCUCCUUGGCAACCACUUGUGGCAGCAUGCUUUUCUCUGGAGUUUGAGACUGCAAUAUGACACUGUUUAAAAGUAGUGGCCUGCUAUGUAACAGCACUUAGACAGCAUUUCCGCAGUGCAUAACUGUGAGGAACGUAGUACCACAAGUGGCAAUGGACAUUAGCACCUGGAUGUAGUAUUCCUGCUUGCUCCAAGAUUCUCAUUGUCGCCUGCAUACAGGUAGGUAAAAAGAACUAUAAUCUAACUUGGUGACUUUCUGUGUAAUCUUGCUAUGGGGGUAUUCUGGCAUCACACUACUGACAGUGGGAUUUCAGUGCAGCACUUCUCAUCCUGUACGGUGGUUAAUUUUGAGGCCUAACCUGCAAUCAGCCUUAGGCAAGCUGACUAUGAUGCUGACGCUUGUGCCUCAGACCCGUGAUUUCUUCGUGCAUAUGACUUGUUUCUUUCUUCACUGUGUGACAAAGACAUCUUUAUAGAGUGUUCAAUGGGAGGGGAAAGUGAGUUCAAUCUAUGCAUAAUUUUACUGCUCAUUGUGUGUAGGAAUGGUUGCUUUUAGUUCAUACUAGCUACAUACUAAAAGUUGUAUGAAAACACUUCAUGGUCAGACAGAUAAAUGGUAUUUUUCUCUUUUUAAUGGUUGCUCUGUUAAGUUUGAGGUAGUAUUGAAGUAGUAUUUUGUAACUAUAGUGUCAAGUUAAUAUAUGGGUGGUCGGCUGUGGGAUGAUGGCUGUGAUAACGUAAAAAAUAAUUGAGAGCUCCCCUUACUCUAAUCCAUGCAUCUUACCAAAAAGUAUAGGUUAUUUUACUUACUACUUGAUGAAAAAAAAAAAAUAGGGUUUUAUAUCUAAUGUAGUUGAUGAACAAAAAUAUAGGGUUUUAUAUAUCUAAUGUAAGUUG